GUUCGUUACCAUGGCUAUUCCUCCCGUUGCUAUGGUAUGGUCACGUGACCCAUUCCCACUUGUGGCCGUGGAGAUAAUUUGCUUGAGAAUGUUCUUUAAUUUGAUGGCUAAUUAGGACGAGUUUGGGAUGGCUUUAAUAAACAUCUAUUCGAUCGGUUGUUGAAUAAAGUAUUAUAGAUAAUAAAAUUUGUAGUUGUAGUUUAAUAGCGAGCGCGAGCUAUUCAAGAUAGCUGCUUUUCAAUGGCCAAGUCUGGGGGAACAAAAUGAUUUCCCGCCGAAUCAUCAAUGAGCAAAAAGUGUUUUAUUUCGGAGGGGAGGGUAAAGUACUAUUGGAUCUACUAGGUUGACUUAGACCUCCCUUGAUAGGAGUUCAGACAACACAUUUACCUUUGAAAGUUGUAUCGGUGAACAAAAAUGAUGGAGAAAUUAUCAAUUUUGUCCGACAAAGAUGAAGGGAAACGCUUACAUGUAAAGGCAAAGUUUAAGUACGGUCUUCACUCUUUUAGAAAAUUUGGUUUUUGGGGCCCGAAAACCUAAAACUGGUUGGAGGUAAAUCGGAUAAACGACAACUCACUGAGCUCAAAUUCAAUAUGGCGGCUCCUGUCCCUGGUUUUACAAUACCAGCUCCCGAUCACUGUCGCAAGGGCCGCCAGUGUUCGAAGUUCAAUGGCCACAAGGGUCGCUACAAUUCCGAGAGAAGUUGGAAUACCUUCUGGAGAAAUUCACCCGUGUACAACUUAAAUGUACGGAAGAGAUCACUUGCCUUAGAGGAGGAACGAGUUGGAGCAGUUGCGGAGGAACUUGCUGCUAAAGCUGCUCGUCUUGACGUUCGCGAAAGUGAGUUAAGGGAAGGAAAGUUGGACAUGCAAAAGAAGCUGGAUGACACAGAUGAUGGUGCCCCUGAAACCAGUCAGCUGACAAUGUCGUUAGGAAGCAUCACAUUUUGGAACCUAGGAGACCGUGUAAGAAGUAGAGACUAUCAAUAUCUACUUCACUGUGUGAGCCUCUCAGAAAAAGAUCAAGUGUUGGAAGAUCUAUGGGAUCAACAUACGGCAGAGAUGGCACUGUUAGAGGGCAAUAUUACAACAGUAUGUGGUAAACAGUGUACGGCUGAGUUUCAACCCAGUGCAGACAUGAGUUGGCAAAGCUGGGCCAACAAUGAGGUCAAUCAGGCUGCCACCCACCCCUCCCCAUAUGCAAAUGUUAGCAAGACGAACAUGACAACAAUGGGAGGUUCUAUUGGAUUUGGUGAUGGAGAUACUUGGGAACCAUACACCAAUGCAGUCAGAGAGAAACAUGUGAAAUUGGUUCAAGAGUUCACCUCAUCCCUUCCAGCAACAUUGAGUGAAAAGGCAAAGCAUGAAAAUAUUCUGACGUACCUGGCAGAAAAUGGUCUUCGCCAACUUGGCCAACCACGCAUUGGAAUAUUUGCUGAGAUGCAAAAGGCCUGAGCCCAUUCAUUGUGAAAUUAAUGCUUGGAAACAAUUGUUGCACUUGAUCUACAUUGAAUACGUCCACAGGGGGAAGUUUGAUGACUUUGUUAACAUUCUAGGUGCUCCAGUUGUCAAUUGCACUUUGCGCAGCACUGCAGCAGAGCAAGAGUUGGUUUGGUCAACUAAUGAUUUACUCCCAUUCAAGCAGUCCACAGGAAAUCAAGUCGCAAGGCUGGAGAUGAUCCACCAAACAAAACAGAAACCAGACUAUGUGAAAAAAGAUGCCAGACUGGACGUGGUAUGCAAAGCGAAGAGGAAACCAUUGAUGCAUCUACUGAGGAACCAGGCUUAAAGUCAGAUGUAAAGCAAGCCUAUCUACAUAAUUAUAGAAAAUAAAAUACUUUGCAUUUUUGGAAACAUGUCUCCUGUCUUAGAGAAAU